UUUCCUUACAGCGUCACGUUGGCUGUCAGCGACUGGACGUUGUCUAGAUCUGGUCCUUUUGCUUGUUCUAUGCAGCACUCCAGAUACAAAUAUGAGUAACUUUGGGCAGAUCCUAAAGGAGAUCGGGGAGUUUGGGUUAUUUCAGAAACGUGUGGUGGCUGCAUUAUGCAUCCCUAGUAUCUUUACAGCCUUUGAUGUGAUCUCUCAGGUGUUCACAGGCCUGAACUUCCCACAUCACUGUAACACUGACUGGAUCCUGAAGCAAGGGCCGAACCUGACGGAAGAGAGACAAAGAAAUCUCACCCUCCCUGUGAACAAAGAUGGGAAGUAUGAAAGCUGCAGAAUGUUCACACCUGUGGAUUUGGAUUUGGAGACCAUUGAAGCGUAUGGGAUUAACAGAACAACGGGAUGCAUUGAUGGGUUAAAUUAUGAGACACCCAUAGGUGCCUCUAGCAUUGUUACAGAGUUCAACCUGGUGUGUGACAGAAGCAGUUUGAUUGAAGCGUCACAGUCCAUCUACAUGGCUGGUCUUCUGGUUGGAGCCCUAGUGUUGGGGCAGAUGGCUGACAGGUUUGGUCGACGCUUUGUGGUCCUGCUUUCUCACUUUCUCCUGCUGUUGUUCGGCGUCGGGGCUGGCUUCUCACCCAACAUCUAUGUCUAUAUCGUGCUCAAAUUUCUUGGAGGCAUUGCUAUUUCAGGCAUUGUUGCUAAUGCAUUUGUGAUAGGUGGAGAGUGGAGUGCGUCCUCCAAGUUUGCUUUCUGCACCAUUAUCUGCCAUUCUUUUUUCCCUCUUGGACUGAUGAUGCUGUCUGGCAUUGCCUAUUUCAUCCGCAACUGGAGGAUCCUGCAGUUUGUACUCUUCAGCCCACUUCUUCCUGUCCUGGGACUAUUUUACUGGGUUCUUCCGGAGUCAGCUCGCUGGCUAAUCACCCAGGGAAGGAAGAAGGAGGCCAUAAAGGCGGUCCGGAGGGCAGCCAAGGUGAAUGGGAGGAAGGUCCCAGAAGAUCUGAUUACUAAGAUGGAGGUUGAGGAAACAUCCAAAAGAGGAAACAUGUUGGAUAUCUUCAAGAUACCAUAUCUCAGAAAACGGGCUCUAAUUAUGAGCUACGUCUGGUUUGGCACGAGUCUGAUGUACUAUGGACUGAGCCUGAAUGUGGGCAAUUUUGGUCUGGAUAUCUUCCUCACACAAUUCAUCUUUGGUUUAGUAGAACUCCCCGCACGUCUGGUGACGUUGCCUCUUAUCCAACGCUUUGGGAGAAAAAUAUGUCAAGCAGUGUUUUUGUUUUUUGGAGGUGCUGCUUGUCUUGGGAUACUUGCCAUUCCUAAAGAUCUUCCUGUAGUGGUAACAGUCUUAGCAGUACUUGGAAAAUUUGCUGCCACAGCCAGUUUCUCUCUAGUCUACGUUUAUACUGCGGAACUGUACCCUACCACACUAAGGCAGAAUGGUGUAGGUCUAAACUCCACGUUUGCUCGUGUGGCCGGCAUCCUUGCUCCUCUGAUCAGGCUGCUGGGUGUAUACCAUCACACCAUCCCCAUGCUGAUUUAUGGCAUCAUUCCGAUUAGUGCUGCAGGUUUUUGUUCAUUGCUGCCUGAAACGCUCAAUGUUGAACUCCAAGACCAUCCCGAGCUCAUAGAUCCAGAUAAUGUUACUGCCAUAGAAUCCCUCACAGCUGAAGAACAAUUUGGAAAAAGCACAAAAAUGUAAACUUUGUGGAGAUCGUGGUUUUCACUUUUUUCAUGUUGGAGAAAAAUGUUUUUUUUUCUGCUCUUCACUGGAAACUGGAGACAAUAAUUCAUCCAAAAGAAGUUACCUUAAUGCAAAGCUUCCACUCAAUCAUAUUUACAGGUUUUUUGUAACAGUUUGAUUUUUUUGUAAUUGCAGUCUGUUUUACUACUUGCAUAUGUAUUUGUAUGUUCAUAUUAAAUUAUGUAUUUGUA